CCUGCUUAACACAUCAUUGAAAAGAUGGAAUUCGUCAGAGUGGUGAUUGGGGACGUGAGUGAUCCAGAACCAUUCAAAAUAUUAAAGGAUGACUCGGAAGGACAAAAAGGUUGGUCCCCAGUUUGAUCAACUUACGACCUGGUGGAGGUGAAAGAGGAAAGUCAAGAGGUGAACGAAGUGGAGGAGAAAUGUCAGUUUGAGGAACCUCAAGCAUUCAUGACUAGUGACAAACCUUUGAGUUGCUCACAGACUGAAAAUAAUUGCGCACAGAAAAGCGCUCUCAUUUGCCCUCAUUGUGGCAAGUGUUUUAAACAAAGAGGACACCUUGAGGAUCAUAUAAGGACUCACACCGGAGAGAAGCCUUACACAUGCCUUCAGUGCGAAAAGAGUUUCACACACAAGGGAAACCUUAAGGAUCACAUGAGAAUUCACUCUGGAGAGAGGCGAUUCGCUUGUCAGCAGUGCGGGAAAAGAUUCACGCACAAAGCAAAUCUUACGGAUCACAUCAGGAUUCACACCGGAGAGAAGCCUUUCACGUGCACUCAGUGCGGAAGGAGUUUCACUCACGCGACGAGUCUGAAAACACACCUGCUCACUCACUCUGGAGAAAGGCCGUUUAACUGCGAUCAGUGCGGUCAAAAGUUCAUUUUGGCGGCGCACUUAAAAAGACACCUGAAAAUCCACACCAACGAGAGGCCGUACGUGUGUUCUUUUUGUGGGAAGAGUUUUUUAUGGCUCUGCUAUUUUAAAGACCACCAGAAAAAACACACCGGUGUGAAAGCGCACGUGUGCUCCGAGUGUGGCAGCGCUUUUACUAGAGCCAGCGAACUGAAAAUGCACCAAAGAAUCCAUACCGGAGAAAAGCCGUACACGUGCUCGUAUUGUGGGAAGAGCUUCGCCGAGUCUGGAAACCUGAAGAAACACGAGCGGGUGCACACCGGAGAGAAGCCGUACCAGUGCCCUUCGUGCGGCAGGGGCUUCAGCCAGUUCAGCCAUCUACUUAGACAUUUAAAACAGCAGAACUGCCCCAAACUAGCACAGUUCAUCUUCAGGCCCCAAGACGAGCAGAGUUCGUCCCCAGGUGCGACACUUUCAACUACAUAGUGUGUCAUUCAAUUGAAGCAAAGACUCCCAAAAUAGCAAUGGACUGAGAUAUAUUUCCAGAGAACACUGAGGUUUAAUCUGCUGACAUCCUUAAAAAUAGUUAACAAAGUCAGUCCUGGAUCAAAUAAAAAAAAUUAAGGCAUAUAUAUUACUGUAUCUGUUACUGUAUUAUACGUUUAAAUAAUGUGGAUUUCACAAUGGGAAUACUGUAUCUAGGGCUGUCACGAUUCCUCGAUUAAAUUCGAGUCC